GGACUGGGGCGAACAAAACAGUCUUGAGCUUUUUCCAUCGCAAGUUGAAAGUUGAGUUGAGCAAUCUAUCCUUCGCUCAGAGAAAAUAUCUAUUUUUGGCCUUCUAACAAUUUAAAACAGAAGGGUAUGUUGUAAAGAAACAACAGUCAACAAUGCAGGGCGACUCACUAAGACUUUUACCGAAUUGUUUCACGAGUGGAUGACGAAAUGGAAAUAGGCCCAAACAACGAGCUUGCCAAUGCAGAGCAAAUCUUUUAUGAUACUGUCCGCGAAUAUGUGAUAUCAUUUCUAGUCUUUGUAAUACUGAACAGCAUAUCCUAUGCAGUGGUGUACAGCUAUAGGAGAAGAAAAGAUGAAAUCAGCUCAGAUGAUGAAGAUGCUACAGUAUACAGGAUUUCGCGAUGGUUGUGCACCUUUACACUGUCUGUGUCACUUGGAGCUGUGCUUCUUCUACCCAUGUCAAUCCUUAGCAAUGAGAUUCUUGUCAUGUACCCAAACAGUUACUAUAUCAAGUGGUUAAAUGGCUCCCUUAUACAUGGAAUGUGGAACCAGAUCUUCCUUGGCUCUUAUAUAUCUUUGUUUGUCUCCAUGCCAUUUGCUUACUUCAUCACUGAGUCAGAAGGAUUUGCUGGCUCUAGAAAGGGCAUCAUGGCCAGGGUUUAUGAGACGUCAGUCGUACUGUGCCUGCUCGCAGUCCUUAUCAGCAGUAUUGUAUGGGUUGUGUCCGCCCUCCUUGACAAGAAGUGGAGCACAAACCCAUCACUAGCUGACCCAGCUGGUGCGUGGAUCCCAGGGCUACCAUUUAUCUACUCUUGCAUCUCAUUACUUGGUGGUCUUAUGUUACUGAUUUGUACACCUGUUGGCUUUGCAAGAAUGUUCACAGUUCUUGGACAAUAUGUUGUCAAACCACAGUUUCUGAGAGAUUUAGAUGAUGAAAUACAAGCAAUUCAGAUGGAGGAAGAGAGUUUGAAAAGGAAACUGAAUGGUUUCAAGAAUGGCUUGACAGGAGCAAAUGGAAAAACACAAGACCAUGGCGAUCUACAAAAGCUAAAAGUUCUUGAAUCAGAACGUCUAGAGCUUGAACGUCAGAGUAAAGCAUCUGCAUUACAAAGAAACUGCAUUUAUCCAAUAUCCUUACUGAUAUUGCUGCUGCUCACAACAAGCCUCAUGGCGAUGGUAGCACUGAAUUUCCUGGCAGUCCUGUUUGUUGAUGGGUCUUUGCCAAGAAGAGCAACAGUACUCGUACUUGGGAAAGUAUCCUCAUCUAUGAUGGGAACCUUUGGCGCUCUCUUGGAAAUCGUGCUUAUUUUCUACCUUAUGUUGGCUUCUCUCGUUGGCCUGUACAGUGUCCCAUGGUUUGUCCGACUUCGUCCAGUACCAAAAGACACACCGAUGACUAAGGUCAUCGCUAACUGCAUCGUAUUACUGAUCCUAAGUUCAGCACUCCCUGUGCUGUCCCGGACGCUUGGCAUCACAAACUUUGAUCUGAUGGGAGAAUUCGGCCGGCUUGACUGGCUUGGAAAUAUCCGCGUCAUCAUUAUCUACAACGUCUGGUUCGAAGUGGCCACUGCUUUUUGCCUCGUAAAUAAGUUCACGGCUGCCGUGCGUAAUGCUCUCUUCGAGCAGGUUCGUCUGCCUGCUCUCAUGUUCACACAGCGUCUACGAGAUAAAGCCAAAAAAUCGCCAUAGACAGUGUACCCGAGUCUCCACGAGCGUGUUCGACACCCCUUUGUUCAAUUACGAGAUAAGGCGCAUGGACAAUGGCAAACAUAAGACUGUUCUGAAAGCGCGUUCGACUUCUGUCCGAUGGUCUUAAAAAAAAGCUAACGUGGCAGAGACAGAAACGUAAACCCGUAAAUGUUUACGCCCGCGGUCAAAUUCUGGUCUCUCGAAUACAAAAAGACUUUUAAGACUUUUAAGUCUUAAAAGGAAGGCGAUAUUGACGCUGCUCCUGUUAUACCUUCCCGUUCGUCUGCAAGCACUCAUGUUCUUGUGCUAUACCCUGGUAUAGUAUAAAGUCACGCGCUGCUUUAUCAUUUAAACCUUAUUGGCAGAUUAGUAUAAUAAGAAAGAUAUAGCAUGUGGCUGUGUAGAGCAGGGGAGCAACGCAGACAAGACGAUUUCCAGGGUGUUAUGAGCCAAAAGAUAAGGUUUCUGUUGCCAUUGCUAAUACUAAAAGGAUUGGGAGGUUAGGCCAUAACAUAUUAUAGUUUUGUAUACCAUAAAAAAGUAUUUAUAUGAUAUCAACGAUAGAAUUUAUUGCCUCUAUAAGGGGGAUCUCGUUCAUGAUUAUAGCAUCAUAGUGUUUUCUAUCAAAUAUUGAAUAUUUAAAAAAAAAGCUUCAUUCUCUUCGAGCUAGUAUUAUCAAGCUUACCCUUUGCCAAAUUUCGCUGUAUAUUUAAUUUACAUUAAAUUUUCUUACAUGUGA